AUUACGUCGGUCUCCCGCGGUCUCUUAUCGUAGUUCAUGAAUGAAUUAAUAACCGUAGUUGAGUGUCUAGAGAUUAUUGCGGUUUAAAUUAUUAGUAGUGUUGAAGUGAAAUUCUAGAGAUAUAUUAGUGUGAAAGUACGUAAAAUUCAACAAUUUGAGUUCCGAAAGCCGCCAUGAAUUUGCAAAAGUUUGGGAUAUCAUUUCUGAAUGAAUUCUGUGUGAAAACCAAUUGGCCGACGCCACAGUACGAUGUGAUGCCAAAGAGUGAUGGAUUUCUCUGUCAACUAAAGCUCAAGGAUGUGCAUGCCACUGGCGAGGGCUCAUCGAAGAACAUUGCCCGGCAAGUGGCGGCGCUGCGUAUGUGGAAGAAGAUACUCAAGAUUCCGGUGAUCAGAGCUAUCCUGGAGCAAGCCGAUGCCUCCGCAAUGAUGCCCACGACAAGCAGAGGCCCAUUGUUCGGGGAGAUUCAUUUGCUGACCAUUAAGCAGCGGAAGAAGCUGCGGGAACUGCUGCUCCUCGUAGCGAACAAUAUCACAAGCGAUCCCGAAUUUUCUAUCCCGAAACCCAUACCAAAACCCAACCCAAAACCCAUCGCAAAACCCAACCCAAAACCCAACCCAAAACCCAUCGCAAAACACAUCCCAAAACCCAUCUUCAAAACCAUCCCACAGAAGUUGCCAGCGCUAACGUUGGAAAGUGCUGGGUGUCUAAUUGAACUACCUUAUCCGGAUGACGAUCCUGUUGAGAGGACACCUUCCUUCGAGUGUAAUAGUGAGAAAACUAACGGAAGUUCUCACAAUUAUGAGCCGCGUCAUAGGUACACCAAGCCCGGCUGCGGGCCCAGCUCAAAUUUUAUGAAGAUCAAGAUGAGCGAUCAUAAUUAUUUUAAGAACUUUCCCACAGAGCUGAAAGUGGCUGCCUUUAAGGUCAUCAACUCCAAAGACUUUAAGACCAAAAAGGACCAGGCCGUGGCCCUGCUGGCCGCCCUAAAAUUGACCUACACCAUGGAUCUGGUGCCGUGCAAGGAUCCCAGAGAUCCGCUUGUCAAAGUGGAGCUUCACUGUGAUUAUAAUGGGCUGUUUAUUGAUUUCAAGAGAAACAUAUAUAACUAUAUCAUCGACUACCUCAGGGAUAUGCUCGAUUAAGAGGCCUUCCCAAGUCUCAAAUACAAAAAGACGGAGUAUUCAAGGCAGAGAAGAGCCUAAAGAAGUUUUAAAUUGUUAUAGACAGCAUUUGGUAGGCGAUAGAGAAGCCAAUCAGGGAUACAAAUGUUGAAUAAAUAUUAAUAUUAAUUACUGU